AAUUGGGCAGCUGUGGCUCAAGAUAUAGCGACUUGUCCACUAACCACAAGGCUGAUGGUUCAAUCCCCAUCUCUUCCAGUCCAGGUGCCAAUGUUUCCUUGAGCAAGACAUUUUGCGCUGAAAAAGUGCUCUAUAUAGAAGCACUGUAUGAAUGUCUGUGUGAAUGGGUGAAUGUGACUUGUACAGAAAAGUGCUAUAUUAAUACAGAUCACUUAAUACAGAUCACUUACUAAUGUAAAGUAGAAUAAAUGAAUAUUAAUACUUACUAAUGUGACAAUCAGUCACAUUAAAGAAGGAUCAUAGCUCUUUCAAAAAUAAUGAUCAACUUCAAGCAUUAUCUUGACUUAUAACAUGAGAAAGCUUCAACAUAAUGCAAUGACAAACAAAUCAAAUAUGUUGGUACUAGUGUAUGCAAUAAUUUUAAUUUGGCAAAGUACAAGAUUUUUGUUUGGUUUUGGUUAGGUUUUUUUUUCUUAAUGUAAAUCUUAAAUUUAAAAAUGUGUUUUGAAUACAAAAAUUACUAAAACAGCUACUGAUAGUGGAAAGUGUGGCCUCCUUUUGUCUGGUAAACUCUUUUGGUGGUUUCAAAGUUUACAAAUGUUUUCUGUUCUUAUGACCAGUGUGCAUGAUAUUGAUGUUGAAAAAGAAAAUUAUAAAAUAGAAGUUAUCAGCUUAAUUCAGUGGAAUGACUUAAAAAAAACUAAUAUUUUUGAACCGGUGCAUCAAAUAAAAGAUGCAUUUUUUUGGAAGUACAUUCAAGUAUAUAUUGUUUUCUUAAUGUAACUUACUUUGCUUUUCAAAUUUAAAAAGAAGGACUUGUCCAGUUAUUGACACCUGGUAAACAUGAUGAAUGAUAAAAUAUCAAGCUGGCAAUUGUUAUGUUAUGACUUUAACAUUUUGUUGUAUAUGGUUUUUAUGUGGUGAAGGGUUAUAGAUGUGUUCUUUUACACAUUUCUGUUGACUGUAAUUCAUAAAAGCUCAAAUUGAUGACUAACUACUCUAGACAAUGAUUUAGCGUAUUUUAUCUCUUUUUUUUACAUGUAGUUCUCCACCUUUUUGUGCUUCUAUAAGCCUGUGUACUGUAUAUAAUGACUGGUGUGCAACAAUUAUAAUGCAAAGGAUGAAACGUUUCAAGUGCCACAUGAAAAAAACAAAUCAUGUUUCAGAUAUUUAUUUUUCGGGUUGUUCUUAUUUUUCUGUUAACAUAACCAGUUUGGACAAUUAAGAUGAUGAUGGGGGAGGGGGGUUGACUACAGACACCAUGUGAAAAAGUAGACAUUUGGUAAUGGACAUUUCAGCAUGGUUUAUUGAUAGUUUGAAAUGAUAUUUUCUAAUGCCUAUUUGCAAACAAAUUUAGUUUUUUGUUUUUGAUAAGUCAGCAGAAUCAUACCGGACUUUAAAAUACCAUAUGUUUUCUAGUUUAAUUGUGUUAAUCAAACUAACAUAAUGACAGAAAUGUAUUUAAAUAACAAUUAAUAACAGAGACCAUGUGAUGAGAUUUUUUAAUGUUUCUAUCAACAUUUUAAAAGUUGUAUUUCUUCAUUGUUCUUUUAAAGUAUUGUUAAAAAGUAAUAAAUGCAUGGUUGAGUAGAUAAUAAGAGUAGAUAAUUCAGCAUUAGUUGAAACGUAUGCAUAUUAAUGCAAAUGGAUUUUUAAUGUUUUAGACAGAUGUUGUGAUGAAGUAACACAGACGUUGAACACCUAGAAAUAGUUUUGAUAUCACUGACUUACUGUUUUUGUUUGAGUGUAUUUUUUUGUGUAUAUUUUUGAUGAUUAUAAAAGUGUCACCAUCCUUCAUCUUGCUACAUAUCUUUGUACACAAUGACAACUACUGAGGAUAUUAUGGUGAUGCUGUGAUGAUGAUGUUGACGAACAUAGAUAUGUGUGUAUAAAUAUUGAUGUAACUUAAUUUGUAGCUCUAAAUUCAGACUAAUCAAUCCAACAGCAGGGAACACUGUGGCGUCUGACUGCCAACUGUUGUUUGUUGUUUUGUCAUAAUUGGAAACAUCUUCUGUUUUUAAUUACAAGUUGAUAUACUAUUGAUUAUAUAUAUAUAUAUAUAUAUAUAUAUAUAUAUGCAAAAUUCACAAGACUAAAAUGUAUUGUAUAAAACAUAAAUAUAUGUUGUGAUAUGGAGCUGUACAAAUACAAUAUUUUUGCAACAAUGUAUUAAGUGAGAAUGUGAAAAGGCUGCGUGAUCAUUUGGGCUCCACUGGGUUCUGAUAUUAAUAUGGUUUGUUGCACCACUUCAUGACAACUACGCAUGGUAAGAGUAAUCGAUUCACACACUGCACUGAUGUGAUUGCCCCAAUUAAAAAGUGUCUAUUGUGUACAGUUUGGGAUAAAAUGCAUACAUAAUUCCUAUCAUCUUUGCAUUGAUAACAUCUGAUUUAUUUACAUUAGACGAUUAGUAAAGGGCCCAUAUCUUUAACGUUUAGAUAUUUGACCAAUAAUCUUUUGCUUUCAACUGAUAAAUUCCUCGUAAAAUGAGGAAUUUAUAAGUUGCCGUCAGAGGCUUGUCAAGUCUCUCUGCCAAGUCUCAUGGAAGUGGGAGGUGUAUUCAUGUAGGUCAUUUGUGUACAAGAGUUCAGCUGAUUAUUAUUCAAACAAAUCAAAUGUUUGCUUACACUUUGGAUUUUUGGACAAUUUGACAAGACACGCAAUUAGCAAGCGAUGAAGUACACAGACAGCACAACUAACUAAACUACUACCACUAUCCAUAGCAAGAAAACUGAUGAGCCUUUUCAUUUUGUUUAACUGUCAUAUGCUGGUAAAUCCAGAAUAUACAGGCUUCAUGUACUUGUGCAAUGCUAUGUCAAUUAUUAUAUAUAGUCUAUGGCAAAAAUUCACUUCUACACUUCAUUUUUUUUUUCAUCUGUUUCAUUCUCACGCAGACACAUCAGUAUGUCAGUAUGAUAUGGUAACUAUGAUAGGAAUGUUCCAUCAGUGUGACCAAUCACACCAUGAGAAUAUUUUCUUUAUGGAUCAGUCUUAUUUGGGAACGAGGAAAUGAAGCGCCGUGCUAGACAGGUCCAUCAGGCUCGGCAGGAGGGAGGAGACACAGCUACACUCAGGGUUUGUAAAGAAAAGCUUUGGUUUACAGAGUUAAGUUACCACAGUAACUGGCCCUGGAACUGAAAAUCUUUCACGGAACAAAGUUUUCUGGAAUACACCAGCUGUGGUUCAGCCCGAGGUUCACCCAGCUGCUGGAGUGCUGUGGAUCUUACAUGUGGACCUUCAGUCAGCAGCAUGAGGUUAAAGUCAUGAGGUUUAACAUAGUGAGGUUAAACAUUUUCUUACUAUUUAUUGGUUUUAGCUGAAGUUUGUUGAAAGCUGAGAGGGAAUUGGACGAAAGACGACGUUCUGGCACUUCUUUGUUAUCGGCAUCACUUCUUCAUCGCUUCUUUGUGUUUAGUUAAAAGAUGAAGCCAAAUUAUUUGAGUGUUGAAUUGUAGGAGUUUGAAUGUAUCAUAUGAAUAUUACCUUACCUAAAAAUGUCACUGCCACAACUAUGCUAACAGUUUAUGUGAAUAUUAUUGAUUGAUAUUAUUAUUAGGAUUUGUUUUGAUAAAUUGUCUGUUAUUCUGAAACAUCAACAUUUUGUCUCUGUUGCUGUUGUUCUUUGCUAUUCAUAAAACUCAUAAGGACAUAUCUUUCACAUCAGCAUCCUUGGAAAAAAAACCCAGAAGGCUAUGUAAAAUGUAUUAUUCAUUGUGAAGGUAUUCAUCAGACAUGCCCGAGGACACUGCCUCACCCUGAAGCAGUAUUUAACACGUUGACUCUUUCUUUUAGACGAUCUGACUUUGAGUCACUAUGGAACAAGAACAUGUGCUGAUGAAUGACGACCACAGUCAGACCACAUCUGCAAUGGACACAAGAACAGCAACCAAAGCACUGGUGAAGUUUUUGUCAAAACUGGGACUGGACAGAUUCUAUCCCAACAAGCUCACUCUUCAGUCUGUCUUGGAGAUCAAGAGAAACAGCAUACACGAUGAACCUGAUGAAUCACUGCAGACACUGCCUUGGCAUUUUCUAAGAAAACUGUAUGAAGUCAAUGCAAAAUGCCGGAGCUGUAGACAUGCAUCGAACACUAGCGAGGAACAUGAUUGUCUCUUUGACCUGGACCUUAACACAGCAGACGAUUCUGUGGAAAAUAAUAAGGUUAACCCUCUCGACCUCAUAGUGGCUCUCUUCCUUUGUGCUGACAGCCUCUUGCAGCAGGAACUGGCCCUCAAGAUGUCAAUGUGCCAGUUUUCUCUCCCCCUGCUGUUGCCCCACGGCCAUAAGAGUCAGUGUACCCUGAUGCUGUGGGCUCUGAGAGACAUCGUCAAAGAGUGGCGUCCACAGGAUUUGUCUGAAUCAAGAGGGUUUGUUGAAGACAACAUUAUCCAAGCAAAUAUACCUUUCUAUUCCUUUGUGAGGCUGAAGAACUGUAGUUUAUCAAAGUCCCAGUUUUUGAAUCAGAUUCUUAGUCGUGGCCAACAGAACUGCAAUAUCUUCAUACAUAGAGAUGUGGAAGGAGGAGCAAUCAAAAGAGAAAUUGCAAAUGGGUUGGUUGAAGUUUGCUGGUACCUUCCGUCUGGCGGAGAAAAUCUUGACAUAUUUCCUGAGCCAACUGCCUUCGCAAAUCUGCGAGGGGACAUUUGCGAGUCACUCACACAAUUCAACUUUCUUUUGCAAGUGUCAACUGCCACCUUUGUGUUCCUGGACAGCGUUGAUGAAAAUGAGCACAGAAUUCUGACAACUCUUCAAGAUGUGAAAUCCAAACUCGUGUUAGUUGUAAAUCGCAAGGGAGGGAAUGCAAGAGAGGAUAUUAUGUCUGUCAAGGCCUUAGUAAAUGAAUUACAUUUACCAAACAACAGACUGAAGAUCAAAGACCAGAGGCUUAAUGUUGCAGAGUUCUCAAAGAAACUUUGUGAAGUCAUCAAGACAUCCCUGGUAGAUGUGAAAACCACGAUGAGCAUUGUAAAUAUGCACGACAAAGCUGUUGAACUUGGCCUCUCUGUGGAUGAGUGCAAUAACCAGAAAAAAGCAGCCGAAGAACUUGUGAAAGAAAUUGCUGAGCAGACCAUACCAGACUACAAGAAACAGCAACUUCCACUGCAAGGAGAUAAAUGGAAAAGAUUGUCUCAGUUAGAAAUGGAGGAACUUAGGUUGAAAAAAGCUGGCGGCCCAAGGAUGGAAGAAACCAUAUCUCAGCUACAGGAAGAACAGCAUAACAUUUGGAAGGAGCUAAAUAAAUGCAAAAAAUCCACAGCGAUGAACAGCUUUAUUGACCACAUAUCCAAAUGUGACAAAGAAAAAAGAGAUUUCUUUCUUAAGUGGAUGAAACUGAAGCUAAAUGCCCAUUCAAGAACAAAAAUGUCUCAGCUGCGUAACAGAUUCAGAGAGCAAUGCAAGAAGAAAGACUUAAAACUCAUAGCAGAGUUGGAUCAAGCUUUGGUGGACAGCUCUUUAGGAACAGAGCAUUACAUGCGAGAGAUGGGGCUGAUUUAUGAGUUCUCUGUUAUCAGCUCCACAAAAACUGCUGAUGAAAUAUCUCACCUCCCUGGUUUGGCUGCUGAGAUGCUGUUGGAUGGAUAUCCUCUAGAGCUCUUGGAUGGAGAUGCUUCCAAUGUCCCAGAGAGGUGGGUGACAGAUGUACUGAUGGAGCUUCACAAGAAGGUCGGACAGAAGAGCAGACUGUUGGUUCUGACGGUGUUGGGUGUCCAGAGUACCGGGAAGUCGACACUCCUCAACACCAUGUUCGGUGUGCAGUUUCCUGUCAGCAGUGGCAGAUGCACAAGAGGAGCUUUCAUGCUCUUUCUCAAAGUUGGAGAGGAUUUGCAAAGUGAGUUAAAUUGUGAUUUUAUUGUCCUCAUUGACACAGAAGGUCUUAAGUCUCCUGAUCUAGCAAAACUAGAGGACAGUUAUGAGCAUGACAACCAGCUAGCAACAUUUGUCAUUGGCUUGAGUGAUGUCACCAUUAUCAACAUCGCAAUGGAAAACGCAACAGAGAUGCAAGAUAUUCUGCAAAUCGCUCUUUACACAUUAUUGAGGAUGAAGAUGACGGACAAAAAGCCUGUUUGUCAUUUUGUUCACCAAAAUGUUGCUGGAGUUUCAGCUCAAACAAAGAUCAUGAAAGAAAGAAAACAUCUCUUGGACCAACUCAAUGAAAUGACUCAAAUCACAGCUGAAAUGGAAAGGCAACCUUCUAUUACAGCAUUCACGGAUGUGCUGGACUAUGACAUGGAAAGGAACAACUGGAACAUCCCAGGACUCUGGCAUGGAACACCACCAAUGGCACCAGUGAACACGGGUUACAGUGAAGCUGUAGCACAUUUCAAGAAAAACCUUUUACAGGCAGUGAAAAUUGACAGACGCAAAGAAGUCUCACAGAUCCCACAGUUUCUGGACCGGAUGACGAGCCUCUGGAGAGCAGUGAAAUGUGAGAACUUCAUCUUUAGUUUCAGAAACACUUUUGUGGGUCAUGCCAUCAACAGCUUAUGCAAAGAGGUCACUCAGUGGGAAUGGGCAUUCAGGAAAGAGAUUCUCGCCUGGCAAAGUGAAGCAGAGUCAGAGAUUUUGCAUGUGCACAGUCAGUCAGACAUACCAGCUUUGAACAAAUUGGUUGCAUCAAAAAAAGCAGAGGCUUCAGAAAUAAUUGAUGCACAAGAGAGUAAAAUGAAGCAAAAACUUAAUUUCUACAGAAAGAAAGAAAAACAAGUAAAUCUGAUCGAGACCUUCAUCAAAGAUGUUCUUCAAAGUAUGAGCAAUCUUGCAGAUGAAAUCAAACUUUCUCUGAACAAUACAUUUGACUUUGGCCUUAAAUUAAGAAAACAAGAACAAGAAAUUGAGAGUGAAGACCAACUUGAAGACAAGGUGAUGAGUCUACUGGCAGACAGUAAACAUACAACGCUCUCUGAAGAACAACUAACGGAGGAGUUUGAAAAGAUGUGGACCGAAGUUAUCAAUCAGGAUAUCCGUGACAUUGGAAGCAUACAAAAAAUGGGAAUUUUUUCUUUUGAGGUCACAGGUGACCAUCAAUUGGAUAGCCAAGACGACGAAAACACAGACCUGCAGAGCUUAGCAAAAAGCAUCAUUGAGUCUUGUACAAAUCUUGUGCUUGAUAAAGUAAAGACAAAUGCUGAUUAUGAUAAUGGGUUUACAGCUGAGCUCCUGGAAAAAAUAGAUAAAACCCUGCAAGAAAAAUGUAAGCAUCGGCAAAACAAGUUUGAGAUUGACCUGAAACUUCACAUUUGUGGCAUUGCAUCAAGGGAAUUCCUCAAAAUAAAGGAAAACCUCCUGUCGAAUAUGGAUCCCAAACAACAGCUCGAGAGAAAGACGACCAAGUACCUGUCACGCUUUCUUGAUCUGUACAAACGGAGACAUCAUUGCCUGCAUGAAGCAAAUGAUCUUGUCCAGUCUUUUAUCAAACCUGCUGUGGAACAGUACAUCAGUGGAUCUUUGGGAGUAGACAUUGUGGAGGACAUUUUGACAAGUUGCCAUUCAGCAGAAUAUGAUUCUCGCACAAUCUUCCAGUACAACAUUCAGAAUGAGUUGCUGCUAAAGGAAGACUUCCAAAGCUUUGUAAGGUACAUUGGUAAUUAUGAAAUAUAUGUUAAGGAUUGGAUAUUUAAGCACAUCCUUCAAACGAUGUCAGAGGACAAGACUUUGUGCAAACUUCAGAACAAAAAUCUACAAGUCAUCAUUAAAAAACUCUCAGAAGCAAUAGAACGUGCAUCAAAAGGAGAUGAUGGUGUUCUGCUGCCAGACAACAAGGAAAGCGUCACAAAGCUAAUCAACAACAUGCGCAAGCAUUUGAUCAAAGACAUCUCAAUUUCUGUGGAGGAUGAAAAAAACACCUUGUUUCAAAUCCAAAGCACAUGUCAUCCGUUCAUCAACUGCCUCAAGAUGUCAAUAAAGGACUUGAAGGAACAACUUGAGGAGGAAUUCUCAAACUCUGACGACAUCACUGAAACACUGAACAAGCUUCCAAUCAAACCACAGGAUGAGCUUUUCAAGAGGGUGUUUGGUUGUGGACAGCAAUGUCCAUUCUGUAAAGUUCCCUGUGAGGCCGGAGGCUCAGAACACAAGCAGCAUCACGCAUCCAUUCAUCGGCCACAAGGUCUUUCUGGAGUCAAAUUGGAAGUAAGUAGGAAGAUGGCUAAUUCCCUGUGUACAACAGAUGUGCAAAGUAAUUGUCAUUUCAGAAACACACACACUAAAGGGGAGUACCAUCCUUACAAGGACUAUGCCAAUUUCUAUCCAGACUGGCUGAUUCCUCCCGACCCCACCAUAGAGGCAUCUGACUACUGGAAGUAUGUCCUGGUACAAUACAACGACAGAUUUGCUGAAGAAUAUAAAUUAAAACCAGCUGAUGUUCCAGAGGCCUGGAAGAGACUCACAAAGGAACAAGCACUGAAAGGUUUGAGAGACGCCUUCAACAUGAAGGCAACAACUAAAGUAUGAGACACUACAACGUUUUCAGUGCUGUUUUUUUGUUUUAAUUCUUAGUGUAGGUUGUUAUGUUGAUUGACUUUGUGGUUCAAAUUCAAAGAAAUGAGUAAACCUGCUACCGAGAGUAAGGAAAUGCUCCUUUGCUGUGGUGAACAUGAUGAAUGACAAGAUCUGAGUUCAAGGAAAUACUUUUUCUGUACGACUAUGUCAUGUUAGAUUUUUUUUAAAUGUUUUGUUUGCUCUGUCAAUUGUAAUUAGCCCUGAAGCGAGUGAGUUGUGUGACUGAUGUUGACAAUAAUGAUAAAAGAAAAUGCUGAUGUAUUUAAGAGAUCACGUAAAAAGAUUUUUUUGGUGUGUUUUUUACUUUUGUUUAUCUGCUUGUUUUUUUUUCUUUCUUCCAGUUAUUGUUUGCUCAUGUCUAUAAUGACUUGUUUGUAACAAUUAUGAUGUUGACGAUAUAAAUAACCAUGAUGUACUUCAGGUACCAUAUCAACAAAGACAUUAUGUGUUGCAAUAAAUCUUUGUUUGUUGUUUUGACUAUUCAACACAUUUUGCAUUUAUUUUUCUUUGUGAAUAUUGUUAUAUGGCUCUGUGCAGAAGAACAGGUGUGCAUGAUAAUGAUGAAGAUAAUGCUGAAAAUAUGCAGAUCUGCCCACAUGUUUUUUUAGUGGCGUCAGUUUACUUUUAAUGUUCAUCUAUGAUGUACAGUAAACUGCUAUCUCGAGUGAAAUGUGAUGAUAUUUUUUGUUUUCUUUUUUGAGUUAAUUAUGUUUUCUCAGCAAUUACGUACAUUUCACCUGUCACCAUGCAGCUAAAUAAUGUGUGAUAAAUAAAUACAUUUUGAUGGAAAUAACUUUCACAUGUAAUGGUUAACUUUGAAAAGCUGGAAGUAUGUUGUUAACUUAACUAAAUAAAUGAAACAAAGCA